AUGAUUGGAAAAUCGGCAGCCGUUCUUGUUACCCUGCUCACAUCAACUCAAUUUGCCCUCACCAUCCUCAUUGCUUUCCUAUUUGGCCGCAAGGGCCGUAACGUCGUUGAGAGUACAAAUGACCCAGUAACCCAAAGAGCCGUUGCCGCAUACUUAUCCAUAACAGUGAUUUGCGAUAUCCUCAUCACCAUCGCCAUGAUCUCUAUACUGCGGGGAUUCCACCAGCUGACUACUUUCACCGCGACCAAGCGGCUGUUAAAUACCCUCACCGUCCACACGAUUGAGAACGGCCUCAUCACAACCCUCUGCGCCACCGUCAACCUUAUUUUGUACUUCGCAAGGCCGGACGACGCUAUUCAUAUCGCGUUGUGA